AAACCAUAUAUCCCUAUCCCAUACCCAACUUGUUAAGCUGCAUCUGCAUCGGGUUUAGGGUUUCUCUCCUCCCGCCGCCACUUCCGCUCCACGCGCCCAAUCCCUCCUCCCUUCACCUUCACCAUCUCCGGCGGCCGCGGCGCAAGAUGGCGACCAUAGUGAACACGACGGAGGAGGAGCCGAUGCUGGCCGUGGUCCGCUUCACCGCCGAGCUCGCCUGGGCCGACGCGGGCCCGGAGGUCGCCGACCCCGAGGUUACCCGCCUUUGCCUCGAGGCGCAGGAGCACAUCCUCGCGGGGCGCUGGCUCGACAUGGCCUCCCUCAUGCUCGCCUCCGCCGACCUGCUCCUCACCUCCCCGUCACGCGUCGCGGACAAAGAUCUGGAGUGCGUUCUCUCCGUCAUCUGCAGCCUCGUCACCAAGGCCGGAUCCGAGGACGAGGCACUACAGAUCACCAACCUCAUCUGCAGCAAGCUCAUCCAGCAGCCUGGCGACAAGCCAGCGUUGCGCCUCAAAGUUCUUUUCAGCUUGUACAAUCUUCUUCUGAGCCCCUAUGGCAAGGCAUUUGUUUACAAGAAGGCUCUUGAGCUCGCCACGGCUGGAAAAGCUGCCGAGUACAUCAUUCCAUCUUUCAAGAACAUCGACAGCUUUGUCAGUGAGUGGGGUAUUGGCAAUUUGGAGCAGAGGGAGCUAUACCUUGCUAUCACCAGCAUCCUCAAAGACCAAAAGGGCAUGGCUAAGGAGUACUUCAACUUUCUCAACAAGUACCUUGCCACAUUCAAAGGUUCAGAUGAUGAAUCAGCUACAAUUGGUGAUGCAAAGGAAGAGGCCGUUGCAGCGAUCAUUGAGUUUGUCAAAUCGCCUAAUCUCUUUCAGUGUGAUUUGCUCAAUAUGCCAGCUGUUUCACAGCUUGAGAAGGACGAAAAGUAUCAGUUGGUUUAUGAGCUUCUAAAGAUAUUCCUUACUAAGAGGCUUGAUUCCUACUUGGAGUUUCAGACUGCAAACUCUGCCUUGCUGAAAGAUUAUGGACUCGUCCAUGAGGAGUGCGUGACCAAGAUGCGCCUCAUGUCUUUGCUUGAUCUGAGCAGCCGUUGCUCUGGCGAAAUUCCCUAUUCUGCAAUCACUGUUGAACUUAGGAUCAAUGAUGAUGAGGUGGAGCAAUGGAUUGUAAAGGCAAUUGCAUCCAAGAUAUUGGAUUGCAAGAUUGACCAGCUUAACCAGACUGUCAUCGUCAGUCGGCAUAUGGAGAGGAUCUUCGGGAUGGCACAGUGGCAUGGUCUGCGCACAAAGCUUGGAGUUUGGAGGGGAAACAUUGCCAGUGCUAUCAACACAAUACAAGCUAACAAAGUUACUGAAGACGGGACACAAGGGAUGCAAGGCUUGAUGAUCCGCUGAUUUGAGGCGGGUCUGUGAAUUGAGACUAUAGCGUGGGAGAUUAGAAGAGCAAUCUUUUUGUAUGAGACAAAUUGUAAUGAUUUACUUAGAUCCUGUGACCAUGUUGGAUAGAUCCUAAGCAUGCUAAGCAGUAUCGUUGUUCCUUGUAUUUGGUCAGGCAGUCGUGCAGUGCAAGGCACAUGUUUUUCUACGUGAUGCACUCUGUCCUGAUAAAUUUCCUUCACUGAUAUUUUUGGUACUUCGCAAAUUUUGAUCAAUCAUGUGUGAUCAGACCAUCUUAUGGUA